AUCUCUGAGUAGAGGGAUGUUUUUUGUUAAACAUGAUCUCACGCAUAGAUUGCAUCUACAUCCCAGUUAUUUCGGUCCACAGACGAUGGAUUUCAUCAACAACAAGUUGUACGCUGACGUAGAAGGUACCUGCACAGGUAGAUAUGGUUACAUUAUAGCAGUUCUAUCAAUUUCAGAUCCUGGCUCCGGAACUGUACUCCCUGGUGUUGGUACUGCUGAAUUCGUUGUUAAAUAUACCGCGAUAGUUUACAAGCCAUUCAAAGGUGAAGUAGUCGAUGGACAGGUGGCUUCUGUAAAUAAAAUGGGAUUCUUUGCAGAUGUUGGACCACUCCAGGUCUUCGUAUCAAGUCACCUCAUUCCACAAGAUAUCAAAUUCGAUCCGAGUUCAAAUCCAGCCUGCUUUAGCUCAGAGGAUCAAGUUAUCGAGAAAGGCUCAAAAGUCAGGCUGAAAAUCGUUGGUACGAGAGUCGAUGCGACGGAAAUUUUUGCUAUUGGUACUAUAAAGGAAGAUUAUCUGGGUGUUCUCGACUGAGAUCACUCAAAGUCAAGCUGUUUUUGUAUUAGCUACUGUAUUUGAUGUAUAGCUGACCUACGGGAUCAUAAAUUAUUCUAAUAAUCAAUGAGCAGCUUGGACAGCGUGCUAUGUCUUCGCCAUCUGCGAGCUGUUC